AUUCACGUCAAAUGGUGAUCUUUAGUCAUAGAUCCAGAACUCUAAAAGAAGAAUAAUUAAUAUUGUCCUAGGCUGUGGGAGAAGACUCAAGCAUCUUCAUCAUCUCAUCAAACAUUAAUUGCUUCUUCGUGCUAUUUGUUCAACUGGAAAUAGAGCAAUUUUUCUUCGCACUGUUCUAAGAAAAAGAAAUAAGAAAACUGAACUGAGGUGGUUGCGGUGAAUGUUUGCCUUUUGGCACGAAUCGCAAAUAUGUGUGCUUAUCGGGUAAACUUUCUUUGGCGACAAAAUAUAUAGCUGGAUAAAUAUUGGUGGGCUGAAAACACCUAUACACACCUGCCUUCGGUGGCGCAAAAGACGCUCUUAGGAAGUUAAAUAAAGUAGCGUUGUGGAGCACACGAAUAAAGGUGAAUUUUCGCGAUCACCACCAAUCGCUGAGGUGGCUUUUAGGAGAAUUCUCCGGCGAGGCAAGAAAAUGCUGGUGUGGUGGGAUGUGAUCGUGAGGUGUGCGCGCUGGAAAAUCGUAUGAGAUCGCAGUCAAUAUGUUUUGAGUCUCCUGGCAGUUUGUUCUUAGUAGUCAGAGUGCCUUCAUCGCGGUAAGAUCGACCAGUUUCUCCUGCCAACGCUGGUCCAAAAAAAAAAUAAUAAUAAUAAAGUGUCCUCGCUCCGCAGUCCUUUACACUUUUUCCUCAAUUUUCCGCUCUCGCGUCGGGAGAAUGGAACAGAUUGUCCUGCUCCUCGGGUUUUUUGUGAUUGUGUGUGCAUCCAGUGAAAUUGAUGUGAAUUUGUCCCCUGAGAUCAGUGAUGAGAAUACAACGAUCGCCGAUGUUACCAAUAGUACCCUCAGGGACCUGGUGGAGGAGAUUAAGGUUACAUCCACUUCACCCCAACCACCGCCCACCACGACACACGCUGCAAAUGAUCAGGAACUCCUCAUCCCACCAGCCACCGUAAACGCCAAUAUCGCUCAAAUGCACCACAGUAAUGCCCCCAAGAAGAAAGGACCCAUCGUGAUCAGCUCCGAGCCUGAUUGUCCUUCUCUGGAGAAUGCGGAUGAACUUUCGCAGACGCAACUUCUCAAGACACUGACCCACGGCUGCCGCUACGAUCGCCUCGAGAGACCGGUUCACUACGGCGAGAAUAAUACCCGUCUUCCAGUAGACGUUUACACACGUGCUUACAUCUAUUUCAUCCAGAAUCUCGAGGCACAUGAUCUUCAGUUCAAGAUCCAUGUACUCCUCCAAAUGCGUUAUGUUGAUCCUCGAUUGGUUUUCCGGGAAGUAGCACCCAGUCGACAUGAACCCAUCAUGGGUGAGGCAUCUCUAAGGCAAUCUCUCUGGGUGCCUCAUGUCUUUUUGUCCAAUGAACGAUCUUCAAGUAUUUUGGGAACAGCUGAGAAGGAUAUUCUCACAUCGAUCUCUCCGGAUGGAACAGUGAUCGUAUCAACGAGAAUUCAGGCUCAACUCUAUUGCUGGAUGAAUCUCCAGAAGUUCCCCUUCGAUGAGCAGAAAUGUCAGACUGUUCUUGAGAGUUGGAUGUACAACACUUCUGAAUUAGUUCUGCACUGGGAGCAGAAAUCUCCAGUGACUCUUGCACCAGAGCUUCAUCUUACAGAAUACGUUCUGCUGAACAAGUGGACGAAUGAGACAAUGAUAAAUGCUGAUCUCAGUGAUCUUCGACAUGGAGCUUUUGCCGGUAACUACAGUUCCCUGACCUUUACUGUCCAUCUGGCUCGCGAGAUGGGCUUUUACAUGAUGGACUACUUCAUUCCCUCAAUGAUGAUCGUAGCGAUCUCGUGGGUAUCAUUCUGGUUGCAGGCAGAUGCAUCUCCACCACGAAUUAUGUUGGGCACAAGUACCAUGCUCACCUUCAUCACACUAGCAUCCGCCCAGGGCAAGACAUUGCCCAAGGUUAGCUACAUCAAGGCAUCUGAGGUGUGGUUCCUAGCCUGCACCGGCUUCAUUUUCGGCUCCCUCGUGGAAUUUGCUUUUGUAAAUACAAUUUGGCGCAGAAAACGCAAUGUGGAGCUAAAGAAAGUCAACAGCAAGUACAUCCUCAAAUCUACCCUCACACCUCGACCCACACGGAAGGAAAUGAGUGGGAAUCUUCAGAAAUCACAUUCAUGCUCUAGUCUGGACGCUCAGAGCAUCACAACAGCUGCUCCGUCCUACAAUAACUAUCUCACAGUUCACAGCUUCUCCAAUAAUAAGACAAGCCUUCCAGUAAUCACAACACAGAGUUGCGAUGACCUUACUCAGGAAAAUGGAACAGUGAUCAAUAUGGAGCCAGAUUCCACGUCCACGCUCCAAGGCAACAGUGCUGUGCCAUCACCUCAGCCCCAGAACACAGGCUGGACCACGAUGACACCUCAGGAGAUCGCCAUGUGGAUAGAUCGUCGAUCCCGAUUUCUCUUUCCCUGUGCAUUUCUUAUCUUCAAUAUCUUCUAUUGGAGCUUCGUGUACUGCCUCUGAGCUACGCAUAUCUUCGCAUAUUUCUAUAGACUUUAUCUCAAAGCUUUGCAACAAAGAUUCCUUAGUCAUAUCUCUUAACUUUUUAACUCCUAUUUAUACUACAAAUCCAAAUGUUAAAUAAAACUAUUGCUUAAGAAUCUCA